GAUGACCACCACUAUCACCCCAAGGAUGCGAUCAAAUCGUCACUGAACAGCUCCAUGAUCACUGGUGGCGUGGGUCUUUUCGCCUCCGCGGUCCAGAACACCCUCACCAAGAGGAAUGUCGGCCCCAUGGGUGUGUUCACGCGGAGCGGAGGCACAAUCGGUAUUUUCGCUGCCAUGGGAGGUACUUACGAGUUCGUGAAGACCGCAUCGGCCAACCUUCGUGAGAAGAAUGAUCACUACAACGUCGCUCUGGGAGGCUUCUUCGCGGGAGCAAUUCUGGGAAUCCGAGUCCGCACAUUCCCCGCCGUUCUGGGUUACGGUACUGCGCUGGCCGUCUGCACGGGCGCCUACGAAUACACCGGUGGGCUGUUCGGCAAGAAGCCGAAGGACCUGGAGGUCGACGAGUUCGACCGCCGGACGAAGAUCAGGACGACAUACAGAAGCCCGGCAGAGCAGACCUUUGCUGAGUUGGGCGAGGGACGAGGUAUCUAUGCUCCCGGAUACGCCGAGAGACGGAGCGAGAGGAUCAAGGAGGCAUACGGUAUCGAGGUUCCGACGUCCCCGGCCCCCGCAUCAUGAACCCGGUUUCGUUAGAUAUCUCCAGCGCAGUCCCUCAAUUCUCAGGUUUUUGUGUAAAACUAUUCCAUUGUUUCGAUGCUGUUCAGCUAGCAGAUUUGGUACACCCACCAAUAAAGUUUCCUUUUCCCGUUCUGACACUGCCGUUAUCUGGCGGGUACUCACAGUAGG